GUGCAUUUCCAUUCAUCUGUAGCGCGAGGGCGGGUCUGCUGAUGACGGGUUUCAGUUUUGCAUUCGGCGCGAUGUUCUCCAAGACCUGGCGCGUGCAUUCCAUCUUCACUGAUGUUAAGCUCAAUAAGAAGGUGAUAAGAGAUUAUCAACUAUUUAUGGUGGUCGGAGUUCUACUGGCUAUAGACAUUGCUAUUAUGAGCACGUGGCAGAUAUUCUAUCCCUUCUAUAGAGCUACAAAACAGAUGGAGCCAUACCCUCAUCCGACAAGUGAAGACAUCGUUAUCGUUCAAGAGAAUGAGUACUGUCAAUCGGAAAAGAUGACCAUUUUCGUCGGAAUCAUUUACGUGUACAAGGGACUCCUACUGGUGUUUGGAGCAUUUCUCGCAUGGGAGACUCGACACGUAUCCAUUCCCGCAUUAAACGAUUCUAAACACAUCGGUCUGUCUGUCUACAAUGUGCUCAUCAUGUGUAUUAUGGGUGCACCCAUCGCUCAUGUGCUCGCGGACCAUAAGGACGCCCUAUUUGUUCUCAUAUCUAUCUUCAUUAUAUUCUGUACAACGGCCACUUUGUGCCUGGUAUUUGUGCCCAAGCUACUAGAGUUACGUCGUAAUGGCCAGCCGGGCGCGGCGGGGUCUCGGAUCAGGGCGACGCUGCGGCCGGCCACGACACACGAGUGCCGCGACCCCGGCCCCGAGCUGGAGCGCCGGCUGAAGGAGCUGCGCCAAUAUAACAACCGCUACCGCCGCACCCUGCAGGCCAAGGAGAACGAACUGCAGAUGUUGCUCAGCAAGCUGGGCAGCGACGCUAGCUCGGAGUCUUCUACACGGGAGUCGCGGUCGCCUGCGCAGCGCGUGCGCCUGCCCACCACCAGGGAGAACAUCAGCCAUCCAG